CAACAGAAAUCAAAAAUCUGUGACCAUGAACGGGAAGAUCAUCUUUUACGAGGACAGGAACUUCCAGGGUCGCUCCUAUGAGAGCAGCAGCGACUGCUCCGACAUGUCCUCCCACUUGAGCCGCUGCAACUCCUGCAAGGUGGAGAGUGGCUGCUUCAUGGUCUACGAUCGUCCCAACUACAUGGGUCAGCAGUACCUGCUGCGGAGAGGGGAGUACCCUGAGCACCAGCGCAUUAUGGGCUUCAGCGACUGCAUCAGGUCCUGCCGCAUGAUCCCCACACCCAGAGGCCCCUUCAUGAUGAGGAUCUAUGAGAGGGAGAACUUCGGAGGUCAGAUGCACGAGCUGAUGGAUGAUUGUGAUUCCAUCCAGGAUCGUUACCGCAUGUCCGACAUGCAGUCGUGCAACGUGAUGGAGGGUCACUGGGUCAUGUACGAGCAGCCCCACUACAAGGGCAGGAUGACGUACCUGAGGCCUGGAGAGUACAGGAACCUCAGGGAGAUGGGAAAUGAUGACAUGGGAUUCAGUUCCAUUAGACGCAUCACAGAUUCAUAUUAAACGUAUUGCCUCUAAGUGCAGGCGUUUUUAAUAAACCCUUUAAACACUUCCUUUUUUUCUUUCUUAUUCUUCCUUAACAAAGCAUUAUAAAAUGAAUUGCAACUGCAUUAAACUGUUACAAAAUCAGA